UUACCUUAACAAGAAUCGCUGUUAAAUUAAACGUAAACCAUCUGCUGUGCAUAUAAGACUAUUGAUCCAUCCCAUCCCAAAGAAAAUUCACGAGAAGUCGAGACAUCAUUAAUAAAAGCAAUGGGACCAAAGGUCUCUUGUAACUUUAGUGUACUUUUUUGCAUAAUUAGUGCAAUAUUUCUUAUAUACGGAAUUAGUCGAAUUUACCAAAAUCAUCAAGUGAGGCGCGAGAGAAAUUUUCCUGAGCAGAAUGUGAAGAAAUUGACAGUAGAAAAUACAUCACCGUCCGUAAAGCAGCAGGAAAUUGUCACAGAACUGUCAACAUAUUUAGGACCGGGCGCAGAUGGCGAGCAGAUAUAUUUACCCGCCAACAGGGAGCAUUAUGAAUAUAUAAGAAAUAAAUCUUUGCUACACGAGGUUAAUAACUUUAAUAGCGAUUUAGUAGGACUGAAAAGAAUACUUCCUGAUCAAAGACCAGAAAAAUGCAAAGAUAUACAAUAUCCUAGUGAUUUACCGGAAGUCAGCAUUGUCAUCACUUUUCGCGAGGAGUCAGUUCCAAGUUUAUUACGUACCGUUUACAGUGUGCUGGAAACUUCACCAGAUCGUCUUAUCAAAGAAGUUAUCUUGGUGGAUGAUGGGUCAAAAGAUGAAUUUUUGAAAGCGGCUGUUGAAAUUCACGCGACAAACGUUGACAAAAUAAAGCUUCUGAGAAACGAACAGGCGCUUGGAUUGAUGAGGGCUAGACAAAGAGGCAUUGAAGAAACCGGAAGUGACUACUUUAUUGUUUUAGACGGACAUAUAGAGGUGACUCCAGGCUGGUUAGAGCCGGUCCUUUACAGGUUGGUUCAAGAGCCAAAUGCAUUGCUAACGUCACAUAUCAUGGUUCUGAACAAAGAAACGUUUGAAAUAUCAAGGGGAGAUCACGAUAUAGCGUUUAUGUUUUUCGAUCAAAUUACAUUGAAUGAAUUAUGGGUAAAAUAUACAAACGAUUACCGGGCAUAUAGAAACGGAAGUGUGUCACCAAUUCCAUAUGGCAUUGUACCUGGCAUGAUGACGGCAAUGAGAAAGAGCUUUUUCUUGCAACUCGGUGGGUUUGAUCCCGGCAUGGAGAUUUGGGGGGUUGAGCAUAUGGAGUUGUCAGUAAAGACAUGGUUAUGUGGCGGGGUGGUUGAAAUGCUUCCCUGCUCUAAAAUCGGGCAUAUUUACAGAGCUGCUCCUUGGCAAUCAUUCCACCCACAUCAGCGGUAUGUGUCUAAAAACAUGAUGCGUUUCGCGCAUGUCUGGAUGGACGGGUAUCUUCAAAAACUCGCUUUGCGCGUGCAACACAAGAGCAAUUUAAGCCACUGGCCAGACCCGGGAGAUUUGGAGGAUCGACACAAAAUUAGGCGAGAAAAUAAUUGUAAGCCAUACCAGUAUUAUGUUGACAAAAUUCAAAACAUGACCCAUAAUUACGUCCCCAAAUCACCACGUGUAACCGGUGUUGUUAGAAACGAGCAGACAAAAGCGUGUCUGGAUCAUGCAACGAUUGGUGGAAAUUUUGUUCUUAUAACAUAUUCUUGUACCGGAGACUCAAACCAGUUUUUCGUAUUGACUGAGGAUAAUAACAUUCGAGUAGAAAGGUCGUGGCUUUUGGUUAUACCCGGUUCAACCAAGCUAAAACUUCUUCGAGAUAUAACGGACUGGUCUGGACCAGAAUUUCUAUGGACUUUUGAGAACAAUAGCACCAUUAAGCAUACUGUUACAGGAAAAUGUUUAACAGAGAAUGUUAGGCAGAAUGUUACUUUAGAAGACUGUGUUAACUCUCGUAGUCAAAUGUGGAAAUGGCCAUUGACGGCGUAAAGUUUCUAU